UUUUCACAGAAGAAACACUAAUAACAGUGAACAGCUGUUGGGCUCGCUCAUUUUCUUUUCUUUUUUGAACUAGUUCUGGUUGGAAUCGCGCGUGUUUCAUCAGCUGUUGGCUUCAUUUGUUUAUUAAAAAUCGCAGAAAAAUGUCUGUAAAUGCAACGAUAAGCUUGGCUCUGGAUCGCGUGGACUGGAAUGCUCUGGCCGGGAACCAGGAAAAGUUGCCUCGCGUCUUUACACCUGGCGAAGUACUCAUGCCAGAGGCAGGUUUCAUGCGUGGACAUGGCACAUUUGUGGAGGAUGAAAAUAUAAAGGCUUCCGUGGCUGGCGUUAUCGAGAAGGUGAACAAAUUGAUUUCAGUUCGUCCAUUAAAGAGCCGCUAUGUGGGUGAGAUUGGUGAUGUAGUCGUUGCUCGAGUUAUUGAAGUGCAACAAAAGCGAUGGCGCGUGGAUACAAAUUCGCGUUUGGAUUCUGUACUGCUGUUGUCGUCUGUAAAUCUUCCCGGCGGUGAGCUGCGCCGACGCUCAGCAGAAGACGAGCAAAUGAUGCGGCAGUAUCUGGACGAAGGCGAUCUUAUUUCUGCAGAAGUUCAGAAUAUUUUCGAGGAGGGCACAUUGUCGCUAUACACGCGCAGCUUGAAGUAUGGCAAACUUUCCCAGGGCAUCCUUGUGAAGGUCUUUCCUGCGCUGGUUAAGCGUCGAAAAAUGCAUUUUCACAAUCUCUCAUGUGGUGCAUCCGUAAUAUUAGGCAACAAUGGUUACAUUUGGAUAUCACCUACUAAAAACGAAGAUCAGGAGGGCGGGGAGGGUGGCUUUGCACAGAAUCUUAGUGAAGUGGUGCCUCGACAUGAGCGAGAAAUAAUUGCUCGCGUCCGGAACUGCAUUCUUGCACUUGCCAAGUGCAAACUGAUGCUUUACGAUACCAGCAUACAGUAUGCAUUUGAGGAGUCUCUUAAAUACGACGUGCAUGAGCUACUGCAGCAGCAUGUUAUUUACGAUAUAGGCGAGCAAACCCAGGCCCGCUUGAGGGACGCAGAUGAAUAAAAUAAAAUUGAAAACUAA